AUGUCGGCAGAAGUCCAGGGGACCUUUCUGCAACAGCCAGACAAGGACAAGACGGUGCCUCACCACAUCUCACGCCUCCGGGCUGUGUUUUAGAGCCAGGCCUUCAAGAAUGUCCUGGUGAACGAGAUGGAUAUGAUGCUGUCCCGUGCAGCCACCCUCAUCCAAGCCAACUGGAGAGGCUGCCGGCUCUGGCAGAAGCUGAUCUCUCGGAUGAUGGCAGCAAAGGCCAUCCAGGAGGCCUGGUGAUGCUUCGGCACCACGCACCUUCUUCAGUCUGACAAGGUAGUAGAGAAAAAAGUGACUGUGGAAGAGGGACACAUCCCUUACCACCCCCUACCGCAGGUGCGACUCCAACAUCUAAAAGAGGGCAGGUCUUUUCUGAAUCAGCCCAAUAGCAAGGAGACCCAGGUCCCUUCCUCUGACAGCCUGAAUGCCAGCCCUGGCCUGCUGGCCCUGCUGCAGACCUAGGGCACUCCACAGCCCAGUAUGCAGGCUCCUUGUGCUGCCGGAGGCCCCUUCCUACCGCACUAGUCUGUUGCUGUCAGACUUCCGUAUCCAGUGAGUCUAGAUGCAAAGCGCCAUCCGUGUGUGCUGACGAGAACCACCAUAAGUUCCUGCCCUGUCCAUGGAGAAGGGGUCCCACUGAAGAGCAAGCAAGCAUCUGCUAGAGUCAGCAAGGCAGGAGCCCCAGGGCUGCCACGGGGUGGAAGUUAUGCGCAGGUAGUUCAGGGAUCACUCAAGACCCCGGCCCAGGCCCAUGUGGAGGCAGAGGUCUUCAGAGCCUUGCCCCAGACAUGCCCAGAGCCUGUGAUAGCCAAGAAGCCACCCCAGCCGUGCCCAGAAGCCCUGAUGACCAAGGCCCCAGCCCAGAUGCGACCAACUGCUUCAAUGACCAACACUUCACCCCUGACAGGAUCUGUGGCCAUCAAGAUCCCAACCCAGAUAUACAUAUUGGCCUCAACGAUCAAGGCCCCAAUCCAGAAGUGCCUCACGGCCAUGACAAGCAAGACCCCAUGCAAGACGUGCCCAGUACCUUCCAUGGUUGAGACUAUCUCAGACGCGUCUGGUGGCCCAGAUGACCAAGACCACACUACAGACGUGUCCAGCAGCCUCCAUGGCCAAGAUCCCAUCCCAGACGCUCCCAGGGGCCUGAGCAACAAGACACACCUGGCAGCCAUGGUCACCAAGACUCCGGCCCAGUCUCGCUUUGUGGCUGCCAUCCAGACCCUCCGCCUGUCCACUCCUGCAGCCAGGAAUCUGAAGGCUCCAGCGGUGGCCGCUGGAAUUCCCUGCACUGCACCACACACAUAUCUGAAUGGCCCAAAGCCCAAGGCAUGGGGAGCUCCAAGCAGGCGGCAGGGGGAUCCAGCUGUCAUCCACUCAGGCCUGACUGAGGGAGAAGCCACAUACUGGCCCCCACCACAUCUGGGGACCACGGCUUGCAAAGCUUCACCCAGGCACCCUUUAGAAGUUGAGAAAAUCAAGGCCUUCCCCCAGAAACAGAUGAAAAUAGGGACAGUAUCUAACAACUAUGUGGCCAUGGAAAUGCCCAAAGAUCUAUCCUGGGCAAAGGUGGCUGAGGACAGAGGCCAACCCUUAUUACAGGCACUCCCUCAGGACAGAUGCCAUUAAGUCCAAUCCCAGAUGUAUAGGUCUGUAGAAACAGCUGUGGUCUUGCCACAGGACACAUGCCCGGCCAAGACUCUGCCCCUGCCCCAGUCCCAGCUGGUCCCAUAUUCAACCUCAACCUCAUCCCAGGGACAUCUGCUCACUGAGCUGUCUGCAUCCCUGCUCCGGGCAUAUCUGGGCACAUGUCUGGCCACAGCCCUGCCCCAGGAACAAGUGGGCACAUGCUUGAGCACCUCACCACAGGGGCAGCUGCUGCCUAAGCUGACUGCUGCCCUGCCAAAGACACCUCUGGGCACGCAUCUGUCUAAGGCCCCAUCCCAGGCACAUUCACCCAUAAAACUGUCUAGUGCUCUCUCCCAGGGACAUCCACCUGCCGAGCUCACCACAACCCUGAGCCAGUCACACUUGGGCAAAUGUCUGUCCAACAUCCUGUUGCAGGCACAUCUGCCUGCCGGGCUGACCAAGGCGCAGUCCCCAGGCCCAGCUUGCCUCACAAACAGCCAUGUGCCUCUAUGCAGCUAUAAGACCCAGUCCCAGCCACUCCUGGUGGGGGUUCAAGGCCCCCACCCCGACCUGCCAGCACAUCGGCACCCUCGGCACUCUGCCCUGAGUGGAUCUGGAGGACAGACUGACCCAGCUCCCGCCUCACACCUAUGCACAGGGCUGAAUUGCUCAGGGCCCGUCCCAGGGGCCUCGGAGACUCAGAGCACGUGGGUGCCUCCAGUGGUGUCUGUCGGACAUACCAAACUCGAUGCCAAAUUCUGGGGUGACACUGGGGCCACCCAGGUGCAGCCGUUGACAGCUAGCCCUACCAUACCCCGUCAGGAGGAGCUGGCAGCCUCCCAGCUUGCCUCUCUGGGUGCUGGGCUAGCCUCUGAGCUGGGCAUCCAGGAGGGCCUCUGUGCCCUGCUUGCGAAAGCCCUCUCCCAGAGUAUGGGUUCAGUGCAGGCAGCCCUGAACCAGGCCCUGUCCAAGAAAGUCCUGGGUGCCAUAGUGGCCAAGGCCCUGGCCCAGGGCACGCUGGGCCCAGCACUGAUGAAGGUGCUAUCUUGGGAGGAGACGGGCAUGGCCCUGUCCUGUAACUCACCCCCGAGUGAACUGCAGGCUGAACUCACUAAGGCCAAGCAGGGCAGAUUGGCAGACAUGCUCAGCAAGGCCCUGGAGGAGGAGGAGUGGGCCGCACUGAGCCAGGCUCUGUCAGGUGAGCUGGGCGCUGGCCUGAGCCAGUCUUUGUCUCAGAGAGCCUCACAGUUGAGCCAGGCCCUUGGGGUGCUGCUUGAGGCCACAGACAGCCAAGCUGUGAAGAAAACAGGGGACCUGGACGAGGCUCUGUGCCAGGUGUCCACAUCCAGUCAGGAGUCCAAGCUGGGAGUCACUGCUGGGGUCCAGGAUUUCCUGCGUGCUGUGGUUUCUGUAGACGGUUACAGGCCACCCCUGACUCCCACUGUACAACAGGGUCUUUCAAAUGCUGGCAGCCGAGCCUGGAACUCUGAAGUCCCCAGGGUAGCAGCUGGGCCCAUGAACAGCAUUGUGGCCCCCUGGGGGGCAUGGGAGCCCGCCAGGGUCACUGAGACACUGGACGCUGUGAGCAGGAGGACAGCGGUGGAUCCCAGACAGUCGAGAAAGCUGGGGGCAUCGAUAUUGAUACGGGCUGUGGAGAGGAUAACCAUCCAGGCUGUGGUCACCAUCCAGGCCUAUGCAUGUGGCUACCUGGUGCCCCAUACCAUCAAGGUGUGGCACCAUGGGGCCAUUAUCAUCCAGGCUGCCUGGCGUGGCUACUGGGCACGGCAGGAUCUGGCCUGGCAUUCCAGAGCUGCCACGUUCAUCCAGGAUACCUGGCGAGGUUUCUGCAUCUGCCGGGACCACACCCAGCCAACCCUGCCUGAGGGCAUGUGGGCCGAGAUGGGCAGCAGGGCCAGGUCAACAUCUAACCACCGCUGCUUUCAAUCCUGCUGGCCUCGGGUCUGCAUCCUCUGCCAAUCACUGAGUCUUAGGCCGGGAAGCCCACCAAGUGUGCUGAUGCUUGUGGGUUCCAGCCCACGCUUGUGCCACGUGUGUGGCCUCACCCUGCCCACGCGGGUGGUGCAUGGCAUGGGCCAGGGUGCUGCAGGCCGGGUGGGUGGGCUAUGGGGCUGCACCAACCAGCCGAACGCCUGGUGCCCCCAGCAGCCCCAUCGCCAAAUCAGGGCAGCCACAACCAUACAGUCCACCUGGAGGGGCUUCACUGUACGCCACUGGAUGAGGCAGCAGCAGGUAGCAGCCAAGACAAUUCAAGCCACCUGGCGCGGCCACCACACCCGUGCCUGCCUCACUACAGAUGCGCUCUUGGACUGGAACAAGCCACAGCGCACCCAGUGACCUUGGCUGACUGGUGGGGGGUACAUCAGGGAAGGGGUCAUGCGGCUCUCUGGGUCUAAUGAAUAAAGCCCUCCACAGCCUGGAUCUUGGUCCACCUGUGUUCAUGGAAGCAUCUUGGGCAUGGUGGGGGUG